AUGACCACAUUACCUCAUCGCAGCGAGCGCGCCCCUUAUUUUACCAUCCCGUUCGGCUCACCUGACCAACGAGAUUCGACCGAAAUCCGACCACUGACUGUCAGCCUGCCAGCCCAACGAGCACGAAAGUACACAUACCUUACCCAGCAGGGGUUGGAUGUGGCCAGCGUAGAUCGUGAUGCAAUACUUGGUGCUGUUCAUAGGGAGACGGACCGCCGAGCGACAAUGUCGCAUUGCAACGCUUCGCAAACGUAUGCCGUGACAUCACUCGUGGGAGCGGAACGUUCGGUCUUCAACCUCAGGCCGCCAGCUGGUCCCGCUGAAGAUCUCAGGCCGUUGAACGGGUUCAUUGCUUACCUACCCAUUACGCGUAAUAAAGGACUCGUGCUCGCGUCUUAUCAAAUCGGGCGACUCCAUCCGAACCCAAGUUCCCAAGCGUCGUCAAUCAAGACUCGGCAAAGCGGCUGUGCUUGCGAGAAUCGCGAGUCCAUGGGAGCUUCUACCUGUACUUCGUCUGCUCUCUCGAAUGACUCUCAGUAUGAGUGGGCUAUGCGUUUCUCAUCCGCAAGCAACCUCUCGAGCCUCUUAACCACAGCUACAUCGAACAAGAUCGCAUACUCCAUACGUCGUACGCCUCACGCCUUGGACUUGUUCAAACCCGGGGCGAAGCGGACCAACUUGAAGGCCAUCUUACCCGACACCCCAGAGAUCGUCGCCAUCAAAAGCCUUGGCUUGUCCCUAUAUGUUGCCUAA